CCAGCAGAGAUCAGAGUCUCUGCAGAGAUCCAGCCAUGGCACCUACAAUCACUGCAGCAAUGGCCAAUCCUCAGGAACAUCCAACUCUGACUCACAAGCUCAGAAAGCCUCUGGUGGAGAAGUUACGCAGAGAGCGAAUCAACAGCUGCAUCGAGCAGCUCAAGUCUCUCCUGAGUCCAGAGUUCCUCAAACAGCAGCCGGACUCCAAACUGGACAAGGCAGACAUCCUGGAGAUGACAGUGUGCUUCCUGAUACAGUUACAGCAGCAGAGCCAACAGCAGAGAAACCGACUGAACAACCUCAACAAGAUGCAGACUUCCUCUGAUGAGAACCUGAGAGAGGCUGAUCUGUUUCCUCUGAGCUCCACAGUCCAGAUCGGCAUCACCAAAGACAACAGCGCCCUGUGGAGACCGUGGUAGACACCUACAUACAGCAGUCACAGCUACGAUAGUUAGAAAGACGUUGUUGAUCAAAGAUUGUUGGACUGAAUUCUUUGAAAUUCUAUGCUCUUGUUCUUCUAUAUGUACAGAAGGUUUUACUUUGUGUGUUUAUUGUGUAAUUUCCAGAGGAAAUGACAGCAACACUGUAUUUCGUAUUAAGAAAGAAAACAUCUUGUUAUGCAUGAAUCAAAUUGAUUCCAUCAGCAGUUACUAUUAUUCCUCACCAUACUUCAUGCUUAGGUUGUCUAUAAUGCUAUGGUAACAAUUGUUAUCUUUUAAAUCAUUUUGAUAAUUUGAUCAGAAGCUUUAGCCAUUCUUCAUCUGAGCCGCGGGUACACGUAAAUGUUUAUUUUUUUCCCUUAAAGGGUUAAUUGAUAUCACUCUGUCACAGUUUUCCAGUGACUCUGAAUGAACAUGUGUGUGUGCCGAUGUCAUCAUCACAUUGUGAUAAGAAUUUUUGAUCUGUUUUAAAGGUUGUUUUUUAUUAUUAGUUGUGUUUAUUAAGAGUGAAUUGACUUGUCUUUCAUAAAGACAGCUGCUUCUUUAUGCACUCUUGAGUGCAGUAUUUUCAACAUCUACAAGUUUUUGCUGUGAUGUAUCAUCACCUCCUG